ACUUAACAAAGGAUCCCCUUAUUUAAAGGGAAAUGGACCACAGGUAAAUGCAUUUAAGAAGCAGCUUUUGAAUGCUUAUACAUGCACUGAAUAAAUCGACGAAGAGUAAGACAAAAGAGUGGCCAAACAGUGACAAAAAAUGUCAGAUACAGCUGGAGACCGCGAAGAUCAGUUCUCCACAAUAGUGGCAGAUGGGAAUUGGCUGUACAUUAAAGGAGAGUAUAAAAAGGCAAUAGAGAGCUUCUCAACUGCGCUGACUUUAAAGCCUGAUGAGAGGAACUGCUUUGUGGGCCGAUCCAAAUGUUACCUGAACAUGGGGCUGUAUGAGAACGCAUUAAAAGAUGCAGAAGCUUCACUCAAAGAGGACACGACAUUUUUCGAGGGUUUGUACCAGAAGGCAGAGGCUUUAUACUACAUGGGAGAGUUUGAAUUUGCACUGGUGUUUUACCACAGAGGGCAAAAACUGCGUCCACAGAUACAGGAGUUCAGACUGGGUAUCCAAAAAGCACAGGAGGCCAUAGAGAACUGCGUUGGCAGCCCUUCAGUAAAACUGGAAAUCAAGGGAGACCUGUCAUUUCUACAAAAAGAUGAGGAGAUGACACAGCCAAUAACUGCUAUUGAGGAUCUGACGAAGGAAAAUAAACAACAGACCCAGAAGACCCCUAAAAUUGAGAAGAGGACCAAAAAACUGCUCGGAGAGUUUUAUAAUGACGGGAAAUAUCUGGAAAGUCUGCUGAAAGACGAAGACUUGGUGAAAGGCAAGACGAAGGGUGGGGAAAGCCUGCAGGACGUCAUUCAGGGCAGCCUGACACAUCUGGACGCUUGCACCGAGUUCUCAAACCAGGAGAAACCUAUCAAUGCACAGGGAAAGGACCACAAGACGCAACAAAAAUGCGGCAAGCCAGGUCCCAGUGCUUCCUCUGAACAAACUAAUUUUCUGCUGAAAAGCCUGGAAGAAAUUGAUGCAGAGUUGACCUCCGGAAAUGCAGAGGGUAGUCUCAAGAAGGCAGAAGAAGUCAUGGAGAUGGUACAGAGAUGGUCUGAGAAAGAGGUACCUAAUAAACAAGAGGUGUUGGGCAGCCUGCACAGUUGCAUUGGAAAUGCUUUGAUCAACCUGGGAGACAUGGACAAAGCCUUAGUCCAUCAUCAAAAAGACUUGGAGUUGGCUAAACAGUGCAACCACUCAGAAGCAAUGUCCAGGGCAAUGGACAACAUUGGCAAAGUCUAUGCCCAAACUGGACACUUGACACUGGCCAUUGGGUUCUGGGAGAAGAAGAUUCCCCUGGUACGUGAUCCUUUGGAGAAGACCUGCUUAUUUCACGAGAUUGGCUGGUGUUACCUGAAGCUUGAUCGCUACGAAGAAGCCAGAGACUAUGGCGUCCGUUCACUUGCUGCGGCUGAUGAAACAGCUGAUGACAAAUGGCAGAUGAAUGCAAAUGUGUUGGUGGCACAAUCUGAAAUGAAACUUGGAAACGUGGAAUCUUCUGUUGCCCGCUUCGAGAGAGCCUUGACCCAAGCCAAACUACAAGAAGACGACUCUGCCAUGAAUUCUAUUCAAAAGGCUCUCGAUGAAGCAAAACCACAAUGAGGAUGACACCACUCAAGACACUAUCAUUACAUUACAUUACAUUCAUUUAGCAGGCGCUUUUGUCCAAAGCGACUUACAAGAAGUGCAUUCAACCAUGAAAAUAUUACCCAAAAAG